GUGAAAACUGGUUAAACCAGAGCCUCUGUCUAACAAGCCCAUCAGAUGCAAAUAUAAAAAGCUGCAAGGCACAGGUAGUGUGAAUGCAGUGUGUGCACUAAGUGCUCUGUCUGCAUGACAAGGCUGUCCACACUGCUGGCUAUUGGGAUCUGUCUAUUGCCCAGCCAUGGACAAGGAUUCAAAUUCCCCAUCAUCAUGACAUAUGACAGGAGCAGGUCUCUGGAAACCUGAGAUGUAUGACUGGAAUCCUCUAUUCCCAUGAAGAAUCUAAUACCAUGGAAACGUGCAUGCUUCUUCACAAUCUGCCUCAUUCAACAAUUCUAUCACAGUAAGUGCUACUUUAUAUCUGGUCAUUCCACAGGACUGAGAGGUGAUGGCACUCAGAUAGUUAAAGGAUACUGGGAUGUUCAUAGAUGUCAAUAUUGUAUCAUUACACUGACCAUUGCAUUCUGUUACCCUUUAUCUGAUCAUAAACUGUAUGUUUUUUAAUAUAUAUUUAAUUCAUUUUGCCCAGACAUAUUUGACUCAUAUUUUUAUAUAUAAAUGUCCUUUUUUUUUUUUUUAUCUUUUUGUAAUUUUUUUUUUUUUUUAUACCACUGCUCACGCCUUCCCAUCAGUGAUAUGGUCUGGUACUUGCAAUGUGCUCCCAUGAAGCAAAUUAUUGAUAUGUGAAUUUAAUCUGAUAGUGAUGGUUACACAGUAAGCAAGACACUGUGAGCUACACGGGGUGCUGCAAUUAAACAAAUGCUGCUGUUUGGAAAUGAUAGGUUAUUUUUUGUUUAAUGCAACAAUGGUAAUUGCGGAGAUGUUGGGAGAAUGUUUGUGGCUGUCUUGCCAUUUUGUAUCAAUUUUAGAUUGUUUCCUGGGCUUGUAAUGUCCAUUAGGUAAAGUAAACACUGGCCGGUUUAGUUAGACUUUAUGUGAGAUAAGAAAUGGGAGUGGGUUAGUGGUAGCACUGCCCAUUGUUAGGUAAAUCCUCUCUUUUUUGGAAACAUUCUGUCACAUCGGGCAUGUCCUGCCACAUACCAAAAUCUCAUUCAAGUUGUUACCACAAAGGUGUUGUUGGGAUAUGCCUGGGGCAAAAUGAAGCCCUACAGACAUACAUAUUUUACCCAGUACUAUAUUUGGCCUAUGUAUUAAUAAAGGGGUGUACAUUUAUGGCACUCCCCUCGAUUAUUUCCCGAGAGUAACAAAAAAAAUAAAGAAAAAAUGCAGAUUAAAAAAAAAAAAUCUCUGUGAAAUAACAGGUGUAAACAUAUUUCAGUAACAAAGGUAAAGCAACUACAGCGCUUUAAAAUCUGAAUUAUUUCAAUGAUGUGUUAAAAAUCCAAUAAGAAUAAAGGAAUCCUAAAUAUAACUGAAAACAACCACUACGGUAUAUAUCCCAUCGAGAUGACACCCCUUAUUUAUAUUAGAAAAAAGAAAAAAGUGGGAGGUUUUUUUUUAAGAUGCUUCUAAGAAUGAAAUGAUAGACUAACAUCGCUUCCAAUUCAAUUUCCAAGAUUUGUCUAUGUACAUACAUAACAGAAGCAAUAUAGUCACAGACGAAACAGGGACAGUGCGAUGUGUAUUGGUCAAGCAUGUUCAAAUGCAGUAGAAGGGGCAACGGGACACUGACACUAGCCCAAACCUAUACCAGCAGUAGACAACUUUCGCACUCCAGAUGUUGUGGACAGUAUCUUCAAUAAUGCUCUUACAACCAAAAUGCUAGCAGAGCAUCAUGGGAGAUGUGGUUUCCAACAUCCAGAGUGCGAAGGUUGCCUACACCUGACCUAUACAAUGGGUAUGGUUUAAAUUACUUCAGGGCCCUUAUGCUGUCUACCAUAAAGAACGUCAGAUUGCGUAUUAGUACUUUUGGUUAAUAUAGACGUGUAUUAACCUGGCGAGCCUUUAGCCCAAGAAGAUAUAUACAUAAAAAUAUUUAUUUCAAUCACCCUUGAACACAGAAACCAAGUUAUUACAUUGUGUUUCCUCUGUUGAAGAAGCCAAGAAGAUUACCGUAAUUUGUAUUUCGGAAUUUCCAAAAAGCCUUUUAAAUCUUUGACUGUUGUUGCUUCUUUAUUUGUACGUUUAAUCUACACAUAGUAUUAAUUUUAUCAUAUUAAUUUAAUUUUUUAAAAAUCAGUUUAAUCGUGUUGCCAAAUGACCAUCCAUCGUAGAGUAAGGGUUCCUUCUUUAGUUGUUGCAGAACUACAAGUCCCAUUAUCCUCAGUUGGUCUUUGGUGUGCCAAACACACAUUACUGGCUGUUAAGGAAGGAAAUUAGAAAUAAAACAUGUUUUUACUGCAGUCCCAUAGUGCAUUGACCUGUGUGUGUGUAUAUAGGGCUGAAACCUUGGAGAAGUUAGUUUAUCUUCAAAUUGCUCCACCUUUUCAUAGCUAUCAUGCCUUAAGGUAAUUCUAGCUGUCAGUUACUGUAGAUAAGACAGGGAUGGGCAAAGUAUGUUUGUUUUAUAGAAAGCAUACAGUCCUGUCUGGCGUGGGAGUGAGGGAAUAAAAUGAUUUUGUAUAUUUUAUCUUUUUAGUAAUAGGUCUAUUGUUUUCAUUGGUUUAUACAUUGAUAGAAAAAAAUAUUAAAUUAACAUUUUAUAAUAGAUUUUUUUAUGUAUCUAUUCACAUAACCCUUGAUAUAUUCCCUAAAUCCUAUCUGUGUGUCUUGUCCAGAUUAGAGAAUUUGUUGGAAUAUCCCAUAUGGAGCACAUUGGGUGUAGAAUACCCUGUAUGAGCUCAAAGUAUAACAAUUUGGACAUUUCUCAAGCAAAAAGUCCUCAAACUGCAAUUUUAAUUCACAUUCACUGUUAGAAGCAUAGGAUUCCAUUUGCACGUGAAAUUAAUAAAAAAAUGCAACGUCAAUCCAUGUGUAUGGGAGGUGAUUGGCUAAAAAAACAAAAACACUCCCGGCACUAUCCUUAGUGGCAGGUGAUGACACAUGUGGUGGGUUGUGGAUAAUUAAAUUGUGUGGCUUUCUCAGUGUCAAAUUUCAUAUAAAGCUGAACAUUAGUAUUCAUUAAAGUGAGAAUUCAAAGUGAAUUUCAAAUGUAUGUUCACAGUAGUUGAAAUAGAACAAUUCUCCUAGUUCGGCAACUUUGGCCUUAAAGAGACACUACAGGCAUCAAAACAACUUUUGCUUAUUGAAGCAGUUUAGAGUAUAGCUCAUGCCCCUGCAGUCUUGCUGUUCACUUCUUUGCCAUUUAGGAGUUAAAUAACUUUUGUUCCUAUUUAUGCAGUCCUAGCCGCACCUCCCGUGGCUGUGACUCACACGGCAUGCAUGAAAAAAAUGGUUUCAUUUUCAAUCACAUGUUAACUUUUUUAUCUCCUACACUCAGGGCCGGUGCAAGGAUUUUUGCCGCCCUAGGCAAAAGUAAAGUUUGCCCUCUCGUGACAUCACAAUGCCCCAGCCAUAUAAUUUGCCAUGUUAACUAACGCCAGUGCUACAGUGCCGCCGUGUUUACAUUACCGUGUUUACAAGGCCUGCAGGGACAGGCUAUAGACACCAGAACCACUACAUUAAGCUGAAGUGGUUCUGGGGACUAUAGUGUUUCUUUAAUGUGAGGUAAAUUAGAGCUUAGUGCUACGAAUAAUAUACUAGAUUGCCUACUUACAACCAGAUGAGGAUGAUGAUGGGCUCUAGCUGCAGUCUGGCUCCACUGGUCUGGUGCAGAACAGGCUCUCUGGAGGCUGUUUGUAACUGUGGUCACAAAAAAUCAAUGUUCUGGGAGAACGGGAAGCAGCUCCAUUUUUUGGGGGUCCUUUACACAGCUCAAGGUCUGGGUCCCAGGGUCCACCUUCAUGUUCCACCAAUGAGUUUGUUUACAGGGGGUGGAGUGUGUAUGGGAUGUCCUGAUUUGUGUGUAAGGAAUGUAUUGUGUGAAUCUGUGUUUGUAUGUGUAAGGGCUGCAAGGUGUGUUUCUGUGUAUGUAAGGGAUGAAGUGUGUGAGUCUGUAAGGGGUGCUUUGAGUGUGUUUAAGGGGUGCAUUGAGUAUGUGUAAGGAAUGCAUUGUGUGUUUCUGUGUGUGUAAGGGAUGAAUUGUGUGUAAGGGUUGCAUUGCGUGUGUGUGUGUGUAAUGCAUUGUGUGUUUUUCUGUGUGCAAGGGGUUCAUUGUCUUUGUGUGUAAGGGGUGCAUUGUGUGUGAUUGUGUGUGUGUGAUGGAUGUCAAUCUCUCCCUCCUCCCUUGUCACUCUCUUCUCCCCCCUCCCUGUCAAUUUCUCUCUCCCCGUCAAUUCCCCUCCCUGUCAAUGUCUCCUCCCUCCCUGUUAGUUCCCCCCUUAGUUUCUUCCCCCCACCUCCCUGAUAGUUUCUUCCCCCCCACCCUGUUAGUUUCUCCCCCCCCUGUUAGUUUCUUUCCCCCCCUCCCUGUUAGUUUCUUUCUCCCCCCCUCCCCUGUCAGUUUCUUUUCUCCCCCUGCUUUUUCCCAGUUUUUCUUCCUCUUUUUUCUCCCUCCCUGUCAAAUAAGCCUUUUCUCCCUCCCUGCCGUUUCUUUUCUCCCCUCCCCUGUCAGUUUCUACCCCUCCCUGUCGCUUUUUUUUCCCCUCCCAUGCUUCUUCAGUUUCUUUCCCCCUGCCCUGUCAGCUUCCUUUUCUCCCACCCUCCCUGUCAGUUUCUUUCUCCCUCCCCUGUCAGUUUUCCCUCCUCCCUGUUUCCCUUUCUCCCCCUCCCUGCUUUCUCUCCUCCCUCCCUGUUUCCUUCUCCCCCCUCCUCCCUGCUUCUUUUCUUCUCCCUCCCUGUUUCUUUCUCCCCCUCCCUGUUUCUUUCUCCCUCCCUGUUUCCCUUCUCCCUCCUCCUCUCAUUUCCUCUCCCUCCCUCCCUGUUUCCUUCUCCCUCCCUCCCUCCCUCCCUGUUUCUUUCUUCCCCCUCCCUCCCUGUUUCUUUCUUCCCCCUCUCUCCCUGUUUCCUUCUCCCUCCCUCUUUCUUCCCCCUCCUCCCCUACCUGUGUUGUAGCGUGGCCGAGCCCUGUAUAGUCCGCGGGUACAGGGAACUGUUGUUUCCUGUACCCGGCCGGACUAACAGGAAGUGCACACUCAGUGUGCUCCCUGUACCCGCCGACUAUACUUGGCUCGGCCACGCUACAGUGAGGGAGCUGACAGGAGGGAGCGCAGCGCUUCCCUCCUGUCAGCCCCCAUCCUCAGGCUGCGCCCGGGUGGUGCGGUCCGCCCUCAUGGACGCACCGCCCGGGCAAAGCUGCAGCCGCCCGAGGCUCUCAACAGAGCGCUCGGGCGGCUGCAGCAUGAGGGGGGCCGGCGCUCCUGGUGGCGCCCCUUCAUAAGGGGCGCCCUAGGCGGCUGCCUAGUCCGCCUUACAGGUAGCGCCGGCCCUGCCUACACUAUAAAUUGAAUAGUUCUGGUCCAAGCCGCUCUCCUCUCUUGCCUUGACUAUUGCAAUUCUCUUCUCAGUGGUCUUACGCAUUUCCUGCGGGCCCUAUUACAGUCUAUAAUGAAAGCAGUGGCAAGGUUCAUCUUCCUGUCCACCCGCACCGCCUACGCCAUGCCCCUCUGUCAGUCUCUACAAGAUAUAGGGCUCAAUUUAAAAUUCUGGUACUGUUUACAAAGCUCUACAUAAUGCUGCUCCUACCCAUCCUCCCUAUUACACAAGUAUGUCACGUCCAGGCCCCUACACUCUGUUGAAGACUUGCGUCAAUCCUAUUUUUGUACUCUCAUCUCUGACGCCCACCUUCUCUAGGGAUGACUUUCACCCAGACUCUUGAAAACUCACUUCUUCAGGAAAGCAUAUCAGUUAACUUAUUAAUAGGUUUCCCUCCCCGCACUUUGCUGCCUCUCCUGCAAAUUUGUCAUAAAAAAAACCCAAAAAACUAAGCCCUCAUUGAAAACUAUUCUAGCAACCUCUUUUUCUACCCUAUCCUUACCUUUUAUGUCACUUUACCCAACUCCCGCUAGUAUGUAAGCUUGGUUGAGCAGGCCCUCAACCCCAUCUGUUUCUGUGCAUCCAACUCAUCUGGUUAUAAAUACUUGUCUGUUAGUCUAUCCGUUGUAUAGCCCUGCAGAAUUUGUUGGCACUUUAUAAAUAUUAAUAUUAAUAAUAAUAAUAAUAACACACAGGUGGCUAUUGCAUUGUCUAUAAGGCCAUUAACAGUGCAGGAGAUAACUAAUUCUAAAUUAAACAUACUGUGCAAUUAAUGAAGGUUAAACAUUAGAUCUCACUUCACAGGAAGUUUUUAGGAAGGCUGUGCAAGUCACAUGCAGGGAGGUGUGACUGGGGCUAUAUAAACAAAGUGAUUUAUCUCCUAAAUGGCAGAUAAUUGAGCAGUGAGACUGCAAGGGCAUGAUCUAUACACCAAAAAUGCUACAUUAAGCUAAAGUAGUUUUGGUGGCUAUAGUGUCCCUUAAAGUUUGAAAUCCUUUGAAUUCUUCUCGCACAGGUACAGUGUAAGAGGGAUUCCCAUUUUCUUGGUUCCUCAUAUCUCCAAUCCAUUAAAUGUAUGCUUAAUAGAGAUUGCCAUUCAUACUGACUGCAUAAAAAUAAUUUUUAAGUUAACAUAUCCAGCAUAUUGCAUGACUGUUUAGAAACUGGAUCUGGUUAGGCACACUUUUCGGGGUGUAGGAACGUCCUAAUAUUCAUUACAGAUUAAUAGAUUAACAGGUUAAUAUCUUAGUUUUCUCCCUGGCAUAGAUCUAAUAAAGCCAUAUUUUGAAAUACUGUAAAUCUAUAGUGAAUAUAGGGAAUAUAGGUGUCACGAUUGGGGGAACCCAACACGCUGGCACACACACACACACACAGAAAAGGUGCCGUACCGGACCUUAGAGUGGCCGGGCUAAGCACACACAGAAUAGUCAGGAGACAAGCCGAGUAAGGGGAACCAGAAGACAGAAUAACAUGAAACGAGCCGAGGUCAAAUAGUAGGAGAAAGUCACAGAGUCAGAUAAACAAGCCAGAGAGUACGUAACCAGAAGCACAAGGUAAGUAGCAAUACUAGCAAGCAAAGACCACAACAGGGCAGGGAGGAACAGGAAAGGUAAGUAUUUAAACCAUAAGGUUAAUUCUGAUUGGAUAAUUUCCAAUCAGAAUUAACAAUCACACGUGGGAGAAAUCUAAACCUCCCACUGUGAUUGAGGCACUGUGCCUUUACCGCCGGGUCAGGUGACUGACCCCGGCGUGUAAUAAUUUGGGCGGUCUCCCAGCGUGCAGCAUCAUGUAUGCUGCCGCUGGGGGACGUGUAGGAAAUGGCGGGCGGCAUCCAAGGCUGGAAGGAUGCCACUCGCCGAGCCCACGAGGAGGAGGGGACCGCGGACGGUUGGAGGGUGAGUACCGCGAGCGGAGUGCAGCCUCCCCUCGCAGCCGCCCGCGGGAUCCCGACAAUAGGGAAUAUAAGGAAUCUAUAGUGUUAGGAAUACAAAUCUGUAGAGCCCUCGUCUGAUUGACAGCCAGGGGGUGUAGCCAGGUAAAUUUAUAAAAGUACCAAUUUCAAUUUAAAUUGGCACUUUUUGUGAAAUUUAAAAAAAUAGACACACUCUUCACAAAUAAAGCAUUACAGCAAACUAAAGUGGUUUAUAGGUUCAGAGUGUCCAUUUAAAGACCCUGCUUUUUUUCUUUUUUAUAAUAAUUUUUAUUAUACAGAAUUUCUUAUUUUCUUACUUACAAAAAAAGACAAAACUAAAUAGAAAUGUGAUACACAUUAGUAGAAAUGAUGUCAUAUAAACGAGGACUGAGCAUAUUGACAUUACAUACACAAAAAAAGCCAGCAACAUUCAACAUCACGGCUAUGGAGCCACAUCCACCCAUUCUCAUUUAUUAUGGUGUGGUAAAUGCAAAUAUGGAACUUGCCUAGUACCUGGUCUUAAAUUAUAAAGUCUUAACCAAAUUAAUUAUAGAUAUUUGUUUGCGAUUUAUAUAGGGGUUGAUCAAAUGUAUGCCCUUCUCGAUCUCCAAGUGAAAUAUCAGUUGGUUUAUGAGAUGAUCUUUGGAUGGGACAAGAGUUUGUUUCCAAUAUCUUGCAAUUAUUACCUUUGCCGCCAUGAAGCAGUGUGUAAUUAAUUUUUUGGGGGAAUUCUUCUGCCAAUUAAAAUGUAACAGGGCAAUCUCAGAUUUUAUUAUCCAUUAUUACCCCUGUUAGUUCUCUGAUGUGUCAAAGACUAAACUGGUUAAUCCUAGAACAUCUCCACCAAAUAUGUCCCAAUAGUUCCGUCAUGUUGUAGACAUCUCCAACAUACAGAAGCAUUUGUAGGAGAUAUUUUGGAUAAUCUGGUAGGAACCAUAUACCAGCUAUAUAAAGUUUCUACGUGUGACAUACGGUUAUUAAGAUAAUGCACACAUUUUUUUAGCUUAGUAUAGGCCAACCUCCAGUCUUUACAUUGAAUGGAUACUGAGCAGUCACUUUCCCAUUUUUGUUUUAAAGCCGAGGGGAUGUAAAGAUCCCUCUUUCACUCUUUUCACCUUUAUCCAAAACGAUGGAACGGUGGGCAGUUUCCAGCUCAGUGAAUUUAUUAACCCUAACAUUUUAUCUCUCAGUAUGGGAUAAUCGGUGUGUUCCCCUACCUCCAAGGUUCUAAUCUAAAAGGUCAUUUUAUUUAGAUGUAUUAUUGCUAUGUAUAUAUACACAUCAGUUCCUAUUUUCAAUUUAUUUCGGGACUGAUUCAGAAAAUUGUUUGCAUCUAAUUAAGCAUAAGGUUAAUUAAGGCUAAUCAGGCUUCUUUUGACCCCAGCUUAGAUCAUUUAGGAAGCUCAUUAGAAACAUUAGUAAAUGGUUUGUAGAAUUUAUUUUCUAAAUGAAGAUAAAUUUGAGUUUUUUCCUGAAAUGUGGAGUUCAGAAAAUUAUCCCAAUGGAUGUGUACCAAUAUGUUGAAAUUUUCAAAAUAGAAUUAAGUUGGAAAAAAGUCUCCCGGGUAUCCAAAAUAUUUUUCCAGCACCACAAUUCAAGGUUAGUUUUUAAAUAGUUAUUCACAAUUUACUGACACAAAAAUAUUAAACAAAAAGCAAGGGUUUUGUCUCCUCUGAGAUUUCUUUAUGACUUGAUAUAUCUUGGUGUGAGUGAGAUUCAGUUCCCCCACAAUUCACUGUUAAGUGAAUAAACCCUUCUUUGUUCAGUUAAAAAGGGGUAAUGGACAGAAUUUUAAAAAAAUCUGACAAUUAAAUAACUCACGGCUCAGGGAGUUGCAUCUCUAAAGAUAAUUUUGCUUGGGGAGUGAGAAGGCACAGGUUUCACAAGUUCUGAUGGUCUAUGGCUGUGGUUGCCAGGUUGAUGGUCUAUGGCUGUGGUUGCCAGGCUAUUUUUAAGAGCUGACUGGUGGACCGCCAUAGUCUUGUACCCUCUUAGGUAUUAUAUUUAGAAUGAUCCCACAUCAGAAGCUUGUAACAUUCUUCCAUGGUUAAGCCCUAAAGUGUGUCCCGAAUUCAAAGUGAUUUUCUAAUUUUAGGUCAAAAUAAUCAAAUUGAAAAUAUUCUCCAAUGUUAUGAGUUCGGCUAUGUAGGAGUAAAAAUCUUAAAUUUCAGUAAGGCUUUUGACACUGUCUACUGCACCACCCUGGUCUAUUAUUUUAGUUACCCAGUCAAUAAAAAUCAAUUAGAUUAGUUUGCCAUGAUCUACCUGAAGUAAACCCAUGUUGUCUCUGAUCUUGAAAGCCAUGUGUUUAGAUGUUCAUCAAUCCUAUACUUUAACAUGGUUUCCAUCACUUUCCCCACUACUGAUGUAAGGCUUACUGGCCUAUAGUUGCCCAACUCUUGAUAUUUAAGAAUUAAUUUUGAACACAGAUAUUAUUGUCAUCAUGGUUUUAUGAAAGACAUGUCAUGCCAAAAUAACCUUAUUGCGUUCUAUGCAGAAAUUAGUGUACAUAUAGAUCAGGGUGUUCCAGUGGAUUUGAUCUAUUUGGAUUUUGCCAAUGCAUUUGACAUAGCUCCACACAAAAGGUUACCAUUAAACCUGAAAUCAGUUAGUGAAACAUCAUGUUCUUUGAUUGAAUAUUGGCAUAAAGUUAGAGCGCAAAGAAUAGUUGUAAUUACAGAUAGAUGUAAAGUCAUGCAUUUUUCAGAUAAGGAACUCACAAACCACUUAUACAUUAAAUUGGGUAGAGUUAGGGAUAACAUCAAAUGAAAAGGACUUAGGAACAAUGAUAGAUAACAAAUUAGGCAACAGUAUGCAAUGCUGGUCUGCCAUUGCAAAAGCUAGUAAGUGGCUAUCUUGUAUAAAAAGGGUUGUUGAUUUGCGCGAUCAAAACUAAUUUUGCCUUUUUCUAAAUCUAUGGAAAGACCCAAACCUUGAAUUUUGGUCACCAAUUUAAAAUAAUGAUACUGUAAAACAAGAAAAAGUGCUGAGACAAGUUUAUAAUUAAUUAUGAAGAAAGACAACGAAAUCUGUGUUUGUUUUCUUUAGAAAAAAAAAAGCAUAUCGGAGGGGAUUUGAUAUAUCUGUGCAAAUUUAUAUAGGGUCAGUACAAACCUGACAUUGUUCAUUAGCAGGAAUAUACAACAGACAAAAGGUCACACAUUGAGACUGGAAGAAAGGCAGGAAAGAAUUAUUUACAGUAAGAACAAUAAAUAUGGAAUUCUAUAGGUUACAUAGUUACAUCGUUACAUAGGUACAUCGGCUGAUAAGAGACCUGUGUCCAUCAAGUUCAGCCUUCCUCACAUUUGUUUUUGAUCCCCCCCAAAAAAGGAAAAAAAAACCCUGUUUGAACCCUUUUUGAAGAUAUGAGCCACAUCUGCCUUCCUUAAAUCCUUCAGUACAAUUCCUAAAGAAAAGAAUCGUGAAAGAUUAAAGAUUCACUAAUUUAACGACCUUUUUGCCUUCUUAUGGAUCAACAGCAUGAAGGAAUAAGUUUUAGAUGUUGAACUUGGUGGACUUUAGUCUUUUUUUUAACCUAGAUUACUAUGUAAACAAUUUAAUAUAAUGAAAUUAUUACUUCAUGCAAUAAGAAUGUGGGGUGUUAUGUAAAAACAAAAAGAACAACUAUGAGGUUUAUGUAUACAGAGAUCAAAAUCAGAUGGUAUGACUUCAUUCAAUAGCCCUAUGGUGAUGGGACUUCGUUUUUAGAAAUAUGUCUUCGUCUUCAAUUGAAUCGUGAUUCGUAAGAAUUUUGGUUCCCAAAACGCAACAUGGACAAAUCCCAAGCCGAAAACAAAAUAGUUUUUCGGAUAAAUUGGCUUGUUGUGGCGGACCGCCUGGCACCCUGACUGGGUGUCCCCACCAAUCACUGCUUCCUAGUGUUUACCGAGUACCACAAGCACCGCACCAGACAUCAGCACUGUAGUCCCCACUUCCAGUGUUACAGCUUGGUUGGGGUCUCGCUGUCCUCCACCCACCCUGGGCCCAAGACCAGGAUCCAGCUUCCAGUGGGUAGACAUCUCCUCCACAAGAGUGUAGCAAUAUGCUCUUAAAAGAGCAAGUGAUUAUAAUACCAGGGGAGUAUAGUGAUAUGGAAAUCCCCAGAGUGAUUCAGCCGUUCUCCCCCACACAUGAGAUGAAACUCUAUGUUGAGGGUAAGCAGGAACUGAUUUUAAUGGGACCACAACUGGCCUUAUUUGACAGUCCCCAUGCAAGGGGCACUUCCCCCUGGAUCUGAGAGUAAACCACAGUAGAAACAAAUACACAAUCACAUUGGCUCUCAGAUCCAGGACACUCCCAUACAAUCUAGGUCAAUCCCUCCUCUGUACCUGGGAGAUAAUUGAGUCAAGUACUAUAUUAACUCAAUUAUCUCCAGACACAAAAACACACAUUUUACAAAACUCCCAAAAUACCCGUAAAACACAUGAAACCCCCUCAAAAGUCACAUACCCUGAUAGCCCUGAUCUGGGUGACCAACAUACCCAAAAAUCACCCAGAUCGGUUCAAGGGUUCAGGAAUUUCCUGGAAAUCAAAGUUUGACCGACCGCAUGCAUGGUCCUAUGCCCAAAACAGUUCCAUAGAAUCGCGGCUAAGUGCCGCUGGGGACAGACCGGGAACCGCAUUUUCCACCUAUAUAUUGCUCUAACAUUUGACAUUAAUGUAGAAUUCUAAAAAAAAAAACCAUGUUUUAAAAUUGGUUAUAAUUAUGUACUUUCCUACCACGAUGUGCUUCAGCAACUCACAAGGAAGGUGUGAACAAAUCCCAGUUUGAAACCAAAUGCACAAGUCUGGUCCCCAAGAUAUACUUGGAAACUAUUGAGAAGCCAUUUGUAGCUCAACUGAAUAAAUACUUUGAAAUUAUUAAAACAAGGUCUUAGGUCCCAUCAUAAGGUUUCUCCCUUUCACAUGGCAAAAGAGCAAAUCCUCUAAUCUCCAGAUAGUACUUUAUAACUUUAUAUUACUUUAUAGCAGAAGGUAAAUGAGGAAUCCCUCUUCCUGCGGGGUUUUCCUAUAGAAGUAAAGUAAGAUUUAGGAGGAAAUAUGCCUUCUUCUAGGAGAUCCAAACAUCUCUUGCAUUAAAAUAUGAUGGUAAUACCCCAAGGAUACAAUAUACCCAGAGCCAGAGUUCUUACCGAGUUCUGGGUUUUUACUGGAAGGCUAAUUCAGAUAUCUCCGCCUUCCUACCUUCAGGUUAAAAUCAUGUUUUCUUUACCUUUUUCUGUCUAUUACAAACUUUUUCUUCAGCUGAAUUCAAACUGGCCCUGUUCUCUUUGUAAUUCUGAUACAAAACAAUAGUUAACUGGAUGUUGUCUAUAUGUUUGCUUGUUUUUGUUACAAUAUCAUUAAUAGGUUGAAAAUUGAUGUAAUAAGUAUGUUCUUGCCCAAACAUAUCUACUUACCUUUUGCCGAUGGACUGGUAGUACAUGUCUACCAACUAGAAACUAAAAAUAAUGUCAACCAAGGAAAAUAAACAAAACAAAAAACGUUUGGUCUAUUUCCACAUUAGGCAUAGACACCCCACACAAAAAUAAAACAGACGUUGACUAUAGCUCUUGGUAUUCAGCUAACAAGGUGGUAGAUUGUCCUCCCUCUUACCAAACCUCUUUUUUUCAACAGUAAAUACCAUUUCUUUGAUACUGUUUUCAUAUCGUAUCCUUCCUGUUAAACACAAAACAAGAACAGAUACAUGUUUUAUUUACUUUUUAUCGAAAAGUUUUGAAUUGUAAAUUAAUUUGCACAUAUUUCAUUAUGUUGUAUGCUUUAUGAUAAUAUCUGCAAGUAAAUGACUCUCUCAUAUUAUUUGACUACUGUGAGCUAUAUCACUUUAAAAAACAAAAACUGGGAUGAUGACAUUACAAACACUACAAGUAUUGCUGAGGUAAAUUAAAGCCAAUACAUUUGAAAUUUAUUUUAUGUAAUUGGUUUGUAAGCUUAUCUGAACACGGCCUUCUUCACUCCUUUCUGUAAUUGUCUGAGGCUAUGGAUUAUGUUGGAUCUAUAUAAAUACUAAUAAUAACAGACCGUAGACUAGUUUAUAAAGUACUCCAUUGAUUACACUUUUCCUUUCUUCUUUUACAUACAUUUUAAAACAUGACAUAUAAAAUAGUUUGAUUAUGAUUAAUGGAAAACUCAAUUGGGGCUUGCUGACCUGCAGCCUUUAUAAGCCCUCACUUUUUUCCCUGUAACAGUCUCGCUAGGGAUUUAGAGCCGUUUCAUGUGUGUAGCAGUGCACAACAUUCCAGAGAUGGGUACCUAACCUACCUGAGCCUGAAAUCUGAUUGACAGCCAGGGCUGUAUUACUGCAGUUAUUACCUAAAAGAAAAUUUGGCACUUUUAUAAACUGCCAUUAAAAUGAACUUAUCCUGACACACAAAACAAGAUGAAGUGUUUAUGUGUGUGGAGUGCUUGUUUAAGGCCAGAUGUCAUCAAUAAACCGGCAAAAUUGAUAGGUUAGUUGGUUGAUCACAACUUAGCAAGUAAAUUCUAAAUGGCAUUAUCUUUCAAAACAUUUAGUGACAAAUUAACUCAGUUGCAAAUGAUAAAACAUUAUGACUCACGUCACCGUACCAUAUGGAAUAACUGAGAAAAUGAAUCAAAAGAAAUCUUCAAUAAUAUCUGUUCAUCUGGAUGUGACCCCAAGAAUUCUAAAAUGCAUUUUAUAGAUUCUAUUUCUGUUUUCAGGAAUUAGCUAAGCAAUACCCCUCAUCCUCAGUCAUUACGCUUCCUGAAUAUUUCAUUGAUCUUGUCGUGUUGACAAGUUGCGUAUGUUUUAAGUGCUUCACAAUGCAAUCAAUACAUUUCCUACGCUUUAAUUUUCAGGACGAGAGGAUUACACUUAAUGUUGCAAAGCAUCUUUCGAAGUGACUCUACUAAAUUCGUGAUUAUUUGCUACUUGCUCUGUCCACUUAUCAUGUCUGCUGAUUUAUUUGCUGGAUGAGUGGCAUUAGAGUUGCAGUUCACAGUAGCUGUAGUAAUGACACAUUCAAAAUAAAAGCUGCAGUUCUCAGUCAGAAAACACUAUGAAACAAACUGAGUAUGUAACUACUUACAAGAGAAAAUCAUUAGCAAUGCCAGCAUGUGACACAGAAAGAGUAGGAAGAAAUGACUGUCCACCUACUAGUCAAUAAUAUUUUGUUCUAUCAUGCCGCUCGCAUAGUUGCCAACAUUUGAAAAAAAAUCCAGGGACAAUUUGUGCAAACAAGCAUACAAAUGUACACAGAUACACAUAUACACCAUGGCACACGCCCAGUACAUACAGUGAUAAAUUGACACACAAACACACACAUAGACACACAAACACACACAUAGACAAACACCAUAGCACACACCAAGUACAUACAGUGACAAACUGACACACAGAUAAACACAAUAACACACCCAACCCAGUACAUGCAGUGACAAACUGACACACAAACAAACACAGUGAUAUAUACUCAUUACAUACAGUGACAAACUGACACACACAGGUGAAUACAAUGACACACACCCAAUACACUCAGUGACAAACUGACGCACACAGAAAACCCCAAUGACACACACCAAGUACAUACAGUGACAAACUGGAAUGGCUACAUGAGUUCCGAUACUGGAAUGCGUGACAAAUACUUGAACUCGUUUUUGCUGAUACAGGAGCCCAAUGCAUGGGACUAUGAUGAAAAACUCUGAACAGUUGGCCACUAUGCUUUAUAGUUUGGUGAAAGAGAAACUGUCAUGGUCCCACCUCCAUGGCUGAGAUCAUAAGUCUUGACGAUCUCAGCCUAUCCAAUGCUUUCCCAAAGGAAAGCAUUGUGAGGCUAUUAUGCGUGUGCUCCAAAAUGCAGUGCUGCGCCAAUCAGCAUCUCCUCAUAGAGGUGCAUUGAAUCAAUGCAUCUCUAUGGGGAACUUUCAGAGUGUGGAGAUGCUGAAUGCACAAUGUUCAGCACUGGGCUAGGAAGCACCCCUGAGUGACUGCCACAAGAGGUGAUACUUGGCAACAAUGUAAACACUGACUUUUCUCUGUAAAGGCAGCAUUUACAUUAAAAAGCCUGCGGGGACAGGCUAUAGACACCAGAACAACUACAUUAAGCUGUAGUGGUUCUGGUAACUAUAGUGUCCCUUUAAUAUUUUGAAUAAGCUUUAAAAAUUACGCAAUGUUAUUAAAAUAUUUUUAAAAAGCCUGCGGGGACAGGCUAUAGACACCAGAACAACUACAUUAAGCUGUAGUGGUUCUGGUAACUAUAGUGUCCCUUUAAUAUUUUGAAUAAGCUUUAAAAAUUACGCAAUGUUAUUAAAAUAUUUUUAAAAAGCCUGCGGGGACAGGCUAUAGACACCAGAACAACUACAUUAAGCUGUAGUGGUUCUGGUAACUAUAGUGUCCCUUUAAUAUUUUGAAUAAGCUUUAAAAAUUACGCAAUGUUAUUAAAAUAUUUUAAAAAAUUCAUAUUUUGAUAGUUUUUAAAAUAUUGAUAUUUUUAUAUAUGAUAUAUUUUUAUAUAAUUCUUUAUUUUUGUAGUGCAUUGUCGUUACUCAGAGACACCAAGACAUUGCAAAGUGUAACAGUAAAUAAUAGCCACAAAGAACAAUACAUGUCUGCAUCGAUGCACAUAUUAUAAUUACAAAGUUAUAGUAUAUCAAGCUGUGUAUUCAGUGCUGGUAAGCUACUAUAAGGAUUAUUGUAAGAGCAUCGUUAUUUUAACUAAGAACAAGUUGACAGUUACGUGUUCUCAAGGUGAAUGAGAAAAACAUGUAUAACAGUUGCGUAAGUUAGUCAACUCUGCAGUAUACAGGUCUGUAUCUAAACCGUUAUAAAGCUAUGAAUCCAAAAAGUGUGACUCCUCCCGGCUGCGUAUAAUUUAUACCCCUAACUUGGAGGGUAAUGGUGGGGAGCGGGGUGGCGAGGAGUAUUUUCUUUGCAGGAACAAAAGUACUAGCAACCUUGGGAUGGAAAAGUGGCAGGGUGUUAACCAGAGUGCACAGCGAUGGUAUGGAGCGGGUAUAGACUUGGGCUCCGUUUAAAGGUAGGAGUAGGAACACUAAGCAAUUCUGCAUAGGUUGCGUGGUAGCUCCGCCCACAUGAUAUAUUUUUAAUAUUUAAAAAAACAAAAAUUAAAUUGUAGUAAAUUUAACGCAAUUGUGAACUUUAGGUAAACUGCUGAUUUGUAAAUAAAUUUAUUAAAAUGUUUUUCAUAAUAUUAAAUAAUUUUAAAACUUUAUCCAAUAAUAUUAAAUCAUUUGGAAAGCGAAAUACUAGUGAAAAUAAUGUUAACCCACAGUACGACACAUGUAUGUAUACUUGCAAUUCCGUAAUUAUACACUGGUGGUAUCUGCAAAUUGGAGACAAAAAGAAACACAAGAAGCACUCCUAGUGCAAUAAAGUUAGAAAGAUAAAACAAAUAUGUAAAAACCCUCUGUAGGUAUUGAACUCACAAGUUGAGAGUGGUAAUAGCGCCACUGGUAAUAACGCCAAGGGAGGAUCAGUCCCUAGAGUACGUGGGAUCUAACAGAUGCUCUGGUGACUCGGGUAACAGGUAAAACAACUCCUUUAUUAUAAGCCUUAGAAACACAUAUAGCAGCAAAAUAAGCCCACCGUCUGCUCACCAACCCCCUGGUAGGAUAUAGCCGCCGUCCUUCUCCUUCAGAUCAUGGCUGGUCUCGCCGGUGUACAAGCUUCCAACAUUGCCCGUGGCGUGUUUCGCCCCUCCUCCUGGGGCUUUCUCAAACAAGCAGUCCAGUACAAACAUGCUUUAACUUCUGUAGAAAAAUAAUUUGUAACUUUUAUACUAAAAUUUUAAAUCAUUUAAAAAGCGUAUAAAAAAUACGUAUAUAAAAUAUUAAAUUGUGGCCAUAAUUACACUAACUUAUUCUGAAGAAAGAGUAUAAAAUCCAUUGAUGCAUUUGAAGGUAAGGAUAGAUUGCCAAGGGAGAUUUGAUAUUUUCUAUAUAAGUGUUUGCUAUAUCUGCUGAGCAUUGUAUGAGAAUUUGGGUCCGCUCACUUAAUCCUGUAUUUUUAUUUAUAUUUAUAUUUGGAUAAAAAAAUUGUUUUUCAAAAAUAGUAAAAAAGCAACAGAUAUAUAACAUAUGAAAUAAUAUAUCAAUAUAUAAACAAAUAGAAUAAUAUUAAAAUAUUUUUCAGAAUAUAAAUUGUUUUUAAACUUUAUCCAAAAAUAUUAAAUUGAGGCCUUAAUUUUUACGAUGUUGACUGGAGUUUAUAGUUGAUGGAAAGAGCUGGAUUUAGCGUUCUGCUCCAGGAAGCAAAAUUACUGUUUUUCCAUUGACACAUUGUACCAAGACACUCAUAUUUUUUUUUUCUAUUUAUAUCAGUACCUCUUACCAGACAUUAAACAAACCUAAACAUGUGACAAGUCAGAGAAAUAGACAAUAUUGUGUAACUAGCUAAUUAAAGCAUUUAGCGUUGGAUGUUGUAUUUACAUAUAAAAAGCAAUUUUCCAUCACUUAACAUGGAAAUUGUCUGUUUCAGAUGAAGGAAUUAUACUGUUUGUACCGGAACCACUGGUCAAUGCUACAGUGUCACACAAUGUCUUAUUAUCGGUGCAAUACAUAUGUAAUGGGACACCAUCGAUAGAAUGGCAGCAUACAUCAAACUGGCGGAGUGAACGCAUUAUAGAUUGGAGGACGGGGUUCUAUUUUAAUAUCUCAAAAGGUUAUGCUGGCAGAGUUAAGGUGUAUGAUAAUGGCUCUAUCCUGCUGGAGGAUGUCGGAGUGAAAGACACUGGGUAUUACGUGGUCACUGUCACCGAGGAUUAUGGGAACACUAAGCACGGCACCAUCUUUCUCAGUGUUCAUGGUACGUAUUCCAAAUUCAUUGUUUCCCAUCCCUCAUUUCCAACUGCAAAGUGGAAUCACAAUGUGUAUCCAUUCUUUCCGCAGAGAUCCUCUAUGAAGAUUUCUAUUUUGUAGCAGUAUUUAUCGCCUUCCUGGCGGCAGGCGCCGCCGUUUUGAUCUGCCUCAUGUGGCUUUGCAAUAAAUGUAUAACUGUUGUUCAGAAGAGGAAGCAAAGUCGAAGAGGUAGAAGUAUUUAUCUUUUAUUUAACUUUCAGGGUUUUAUUGCAAACAUGCUGUUUACUCACCAAUCCCAAACAUACCAAGUUUAAGUGAUUUCAAAGUGAGUACAGUUAAGAAACAUGUCAAGCUUAAUAAUUACUUGAGCCCGUCUAGUGGUUAUAGUGUCAAGAGUGCCCUGGUGUCAUCCAACAGUAAGAUGUAAAACUGUUUUUGGCAUGGUUUGCCGACUAACCUAAAUUCCCGCUCUAAGUCAGCAACAUCGAGAAGCCAAAUUUCUCUUCAGUCGCUACAUUGGCCUGUAGUGAUUAUGGACCUUGAAUUAUCCUCUUUUUUAAGGUUAAAAUAGUCUGGUGUUCCUUAAACCAGCUUUCAGUAACUACCAACAAUUCAAUAUUUCUUCACAAAUACACAAGAACACAAUUUGGUAACAUCAGGGGCUUGGGUCGUACUCAAGGUAUUGCUGGAGGUAUAAUGGAUUGUUUAGAAGUGUUGUGACCUUUUAACAGCUGAAACUCUUAGCAAGAUCAAUGCUACUCGGUGGUACUCGGUGGAGUUUUUUUUAUAUCCGAAUGGCUUUUACCCUGUUGGUUUAAAUAUUGCAAAGGUUCACUAUUGAGUUCUAUUGACAUGACAUUCAGUGCACAACAAAAUAAAUGUUAUGUUUCUUUCAGCCAAUAAAACACACUGAUGAUAUAAGAUGCAGAUUUGUUAUCCUAAACAUUUUGUUAAAUACAUUUUUAUUCAGACUGUCAGGCAGAAAAGCAAUUACAUUAGCAUUGAAAUAGAAACAACACAGAGGACGUUCCAGUUGGUACAUGCAGCAUAAUACAGAAAAUAGAUUUUCAAGGUAACAUUCUAUUUUCUAACAAAAAAAAAAAAACAUAAGGUGUAUUGCUUAAUGUAACACUGUAGGCUGAAUAAAAUGCACUCCGUAUGGACCUAAAGACUAUGAAAAUGAUACAUAAUAAUUAGUGUGAUCAAGAUUUUAUUAAAGACACGGAGGCGAGUAUUAUGCUCCACUCUUUCUUUAAUUCCCUCAGCAGCAAAGAAACAUUAUUUGAAAAAGAUAACAUCUGAACAGGUAUAAACAUCAUAAUGAUAAUGUCCGCCUAGCAACAUGACCCUCCAAUCAGUGACAUCCUUCUCCUAUAGUAGGCGGAACAUCGAUUACCAUUUCCUCUUUCUUUGCUGCUUCCCUCAGUUAAGUACACCUCUCACAAUUCUCCUGUGAUUGUUUCAUAUACUAUUUGUUUUCUGUUACAUUUAAUGUUUUUAUCUUACUGUACCUUUAAAUGCUCAUUCUUAUUUUUAGUGGUACCUUUAAAUUUUAAACUUAUUUUUGUGUUUGCUUAUUUUAUAUUACACUGGAUUCCCUGCAAUUCCACAUACAUAUUGUACAUAUAUACACCCAAUACAUUGUCCUUCCCUGUGCUACUGCACAUUAUCUGCUUUCACCCAUUAUUGCACCAAACGAUGGUUUUCGCGGGCGGUUGGACUCCCACUCAGCCGCGCAUGCGCGUCUCGUCAGAGACCCCCAGCGGUCAUUUUGCGAACCAGUUGGUUGUGCGGUGGGACAAAAAUUCAGAUUGCGCAUUCAAUCAUUAUCUCUGACAUGAUCGUUAGUCAUGUCACCACUGCGGCCACCUCGCUUCACAUUAGCGAUCCAUUUUUAACCGCGAUGAGCAUCUGUUUGGUGCCCGUUUUCGCGGCGGCCAUUUUCUGCAAGGCCCUUCCCGCCUUUUUUACUCUGACACGCCCACUCCGCCCUCUGGUCGGAGUGGGUGUCCAGAAUUAGUGGCAGGCGGUUCUCUGUGCUUUGCUCUCCCCCUUGUAGCUGUGAGUAGUUGGCAUUGUUACAAUAUUUAUUUCUAUUUGGCUAUAGUCAAUUUAUCUGGGUUACUUAAUCCAGUUCCUCUGAUUUCUUAUCAAUAAAAUACCUGGUUUAACUAUAAUACUUGGCUUUACCAUUAGUACUAUUUUCUAAAAACAAUAUGCAGUCAUCCAAUAAUUUGCCUGGGCCAUCUGGGGUACAAUCUAAACCCCAAGCUUUCCUGGUUUUACCUCAUAUGAUUUCUGGGGAUGAGGCUGAAUUCCCAGCUUCUGAAGAAAUUCAGGCAAUAAUGGACACUACUGUGUCAAAAGCCCUGGCAUCUGCUAUGGACAUUAUGUCCUCAUCUAUCUCAAAAUCAUUCUCACAAGCGAUUUUACAAGCCCAAUCUGCGGUCCCUCCGGCAGCUAUACCAGCCGCGAUACCCACGGUCUCUCAUCCUACACACCCCGGCCGCAAGGCCUCGGCCAAAGUAAAGCACUCAUCCAAAAAAAUGAUGGACAGUUCUAAACCUGUCACUGAUGGCGCACAUAAUGAUCCACCGCGCAAGAGAGCCUCUAGCCGGGCAAAAGUGGCUAGGUAUUGGAAAUGGGCAAAAGCCCAGCAAGAUUACACUGAGUCUGAACUCAGUUCAGAUGAGGAGAGUGCAUUUUCACUGAACUCAGACCACUCAAAUGAUUUAUCUGAUUUAGAUUCAGACUACGAAUUUGGUGAGGAUUCAAAAGCCUCUACUGACUUGCAAACCACAGACACGUCUAAAUCUGAUCUAAUUAAAGAGGGCAAAAUACUCGACCCACAGGGCGAACCCUUAUUUGAACCUAAUGACUUACGUCACCCCUGCUCAGCGGAAUGGUCAUCGGCUGAACAUGUGGCGCAAUAUGUCGCAUCCCGGGUCCGCAAGCCCCUAGAUAAAGCGGCCCGAAACAAAUUAAGGGCGGAAUGCCCACGCCCCACUGUACCUGACGAGGUUUGUAAGACCACCCAAGUUGAUCCCCAAAUUAUCCAGUUCCUAAGCAAAACUGGAUGGAAGCCUAAAAAAGGCUUAGACUUCUCAUUAUAUAACUGCCAAGAUAAGGUUCUAGAUAUUCUAGGCCCAGCAACCAAAAUAUUUGAAGCUGUAGAAGAAUCCUUGGCCAAGGAUGAGGUCCUAGAUCGGUUCACAAUUAGGGGUUGGAUCCAAAGAAUAAUAUGCCUAAUUGGCAGUGCUAAUACCGCUCUUGCCACAGAGCGCCGUAAAUCAAUCCUAUUAAAAAUAGAACCCAAGCUCAUUAACAUGGCAAUUACAGAACCAGGCCCUCAAGCCAAAGGUCUACUGUUUGGAGAUUCAUUUGUUAAAGAGGCACAUACGUCCAAACUUUUACUGCCUUGGACAAGGCGCAAUUAAAUAUUAAAAGGGUGUUUCACCCAAAGGUUUUUCCUGGGGCCAUCUGUCCGGCAGAUUUAAUAGAGGUUCACUCCCGAACCGAGGCUCCUACAUGGAGAGACCCCCCUUUCCAGAACAGAGGUCCGCCCCGACCUUCUUUCCCCAAAGAGGCAGACCAUGGGUGUCGAGAGGAUCACGAGGCGCUCCUUCUGGAAGACGUCCUUACGGUAAGCUACCUACCUCGUUUUUUCUUCACCUAAAGCAACAGGGGGCAGACUCACACAUUUUUCCCAUAUCUGGGCUCUCAUUACUUCAGAUGCCUAGAUACUCAGGGCAGUCCAACGAUAUCUCAUAGACUUUGUGUUUCUACCCAUCCAGAUUGUUUGUUUUUUCCCGGUCAGACACAAUCCUUGUCUCUGAGGAAAUCCAAGAGUUGGCACUCAAAGGGGCUAUUCUAGAAAUCCCGAUGCAUACCCCGGGUUUUGUGAGCAAAAGUAAGCUACCACCAUUUCAAAAUGGAAGGCAUUCAUUGCCUACGGGAUUUGCUCCAACCAUCAGACUGGAUGGUAAAACUCGAUCUGAGACGCUUAUCAGGAUUUCCUGCAAUUCACAUGACAAGGAAGGAAAUGGCGGUUCCGCUGCCUUCCCUUCGGUUUCUCUUCUGCGCCUUGGUACUUCACCAAGCUCAUGAAACCAGUUAUUGCGCUUCUGCGCAGUCGGGGGAUUCGUCUAAUCAUUUACUUAGACGACAUCCUACUGCUAUCCCAAUUGGUGCCCCUACUGCAUACUCAGUACCUUACUACAGAACCUGAGAUUCAUUAUCAACUGGAAAAAUCCAUACUAGUUCCCACUCAGCAAAUAUAGUUCCUAGGCCUCCUAGUGGAUUCGGUGAUGCAAACCCUAUUUUUACCUACCUCCAAAAUGAGGAGUAUCAAAAAAGAGAUAAGGCGUGUUCUGGCCUCCCCUCAACUAUCUCUCAAGCACCUGGCCCGUGUCAUCUGGCUCCUGGCUGCCUCUAUACAGGCCAUAUUUCCAGGCCCCCUUCACUACAGAGCCCUCCAACGCCUACAGGCAACAUACCUCAGGAGCGGCGCCUCAAACGAGGAUUCUCUGACACUAGAUGCAGAAGCAAAGGAAGAACUCCACUGGUGGCUCGUACACAUGGAGGCGUGGAAUGGCAAAGCCAUUUUCGGUUCGGCUCCAGAUGUAGUCAUAGAGUCAGACGCGAGCUCUUAUGGGUGGGGAGCUCGUUGCGGAGAUGUCUCCGCAGGCGGGCGAUGCUCGGAAUUAGAGUCCACCUUACAUAUAAAUUGCUUAGAACUCCUGGCGGGGUCGCGAGCCUAUCCCCAACCCUAUCCCAGUGCUCAAUUCUGUUGAAGACGGACAACAUCUCGGCUGUCCGUUAUAUAAAGCAUCUGGGAGGCACGAGGUCCAAAGUCCUAGCAAAUCUGGCUCGAGACUUCUGGCAAUUUUGCCUUCAACACAACAUUGCUGUCAAAGCAGAAUAUCUACCAGGGUUAUCCAACACUACAGCGGAUUGGUAUUCCCACCAUCUGCAGGAUUCCAGCGACUGGCACCUCGAUCCCCAUACCUUCCAGUACCUCUGGGACUUAUGGGGUCCUCUAGCAAUAGACUUGUUUGCCUCUCACUUGAAUACCCAACUUCCGAACUUUUUCAGUUGGAGGCCAGACCCGAAAGCUUUGGCUAUGAAUGCAUUCUCCCAAGACUGGUCCACCACCAGGAACUAUGCAUUCCCUCCAUUCGUCCUUAUCCCUCGUUGCCUGCUUCACCUGCGGCGCCACUUGGGCUGCCUAGUGAUAAAAACCUCCCUCUGGCUGUCACAACCCUGGUUCCCUCCGUAACUAGACAUGGCUAUAGAUCACCCAAGACUCCCACUCCCUCCUGCGGUACCCCGACGGGGCCCCCCACCCCCUGAUCCUUCAGGAUCUCCUUCACCUCACUGCAUUGCUAAUUUCCGGGGACCCUGGGCAAUCGAGGGACUUUCGCAAUCGACUCUCCAACUUCUCGAGGGCGCAUGGGCCCCCGGCAUGAGACAGUCUUGCAAGUCUGCUUGGCGCACAUGGGAUGAUUGGUGCGUGGCAAGAGGUGUGGAUCCCCUAUCAACUCCUGUGACAACAGUCCUCCAAUUCUUAACUUCCCUCUGUGAGAAUGGGAAAGCUUAUCGGAUGGUAAACCUCUACCACUCAGCGAUUUCAGCCGGCCACACCGGCAUUGAUGGUACCCCGGUAGGACAACACCCUACCGGGUGUCUGUCGCCUCCUCCGCAGCAUCAGCUUCGCAAGGCCACCUUUAUCUUGUUAUUCAUCCCUAUGGGACAUCUCCCUGGUAUUGAAUUUCCUGACUAUGUGGCCAGACAACGAGGCUUUAUCCCUGAAACAACUCUCGGCUAAACUGGUCAUGCUAUUGUGCCUAAUCUCAUGUAAAAGAGUAUCAGACGUUAGAGCACUCGAUUUCAAUGCCCACUCCUUCUCCCCAGACGGAGUCAUUUUUUACAUCUCACGGAGGACAAAAUCAUCCUCCUGGUCGGUCCGAUAUCCGGCUUUCCCCACAAAGCCGCUCCUCUGCCCGGUAGCGCGUCUCAGGGUGUACGAAGCUCGUACCGCGCCCCUCUGGACUGGUUCGGAACCCCAGCUCUUUAUCUCCUUUCGCAAACCGCAUGCUCCGGUAUCCUCUCCCACCCUGGCCUGCUGGGUCAAGUGGCUCAUGUCCUUGGCAGGCAUUGAUGCCUCUAUAUUUUCUCCUCAUUCAGUUCGCGGUGCCAUGGCCUCCAAAGCUUCCUUUGUUGGUUGUCGUUUGGAGGAUAUUUUGAAAGCAGCCGAUUGGUCCACGGAAUCUACUUUCCGUAACUUCUAUUUCAAACCAAUCCAGCAUUUCGCAAAAGCCGUGAUAUCACCGCUUUGAAAUAGCAUAAAAGGAGCCUCCGGGUCUUUAAUAAAAUUCAAGGAUUUUACUAUUAUCAUGACGGAAAGUCAUGAUUUUAUUAAAGACACGGAGGCUAGUAUUAUCCCACCCACCCGCCCUUGGAUGGCUUGGAUAUGAGUUAAGGUAAGUUACAGACCUCCCCAUGGUAAGUUCAAUUUGCCACUACUGAUGCCAUCACAUUCCUACAUUGCUCUAGGGCAUUAUUUAAUGAUGGACUUUAUUUGUCACUGUUAUCUUCAGGCUGGUAGUUUCAUCAUACUACAUUUAUGAAUUAUUAUCAAUGUUUAAUCAGAUGAUCAGUCCUCUAUAUAUGCUGGCAAACCUCGAUUUCUGGACAUUACCAUAUUUUCUUGUUUCUUUUAGCGUGACUUGGUUGAAAUAAGUCUCUGAAGCAAAUUCAUAGUUCCAGUUCGUUUGUUUGUCCAUUCCUUGUUCGGAGUUGAUUUAUUCUUUGGGAUUCGCAAGAAAGAGGAAAUGGUCAUCAAUGCUCCGCCUACUAUAUGGGAACGAUGUCACUGAUUGGAGGGUCAUGUUGCUAGGCGGACAUUAUCAUUAUGAUGUUUAUACCUGUUCAAAUGUUAUCUUUUUCAAAUAAUGUUUCUUUGAUGCUGAGGGAAUUAAAGAAAGAGUGGAGCAUAAUACUCGCCUCCGUGUCUUUAAUAAAAUUAUGACUUUCCGUCAUGAUAAUUGUAAAAUCCUUGAAUUUAUAGACUCAAUCUCUUCGUCAAAAAAGGCUAUGGUGAAGUAUUGGUUGAACAAACAAACAAAAAUAAGCCUUGACAAUAGUUAUUUGUCAGUCUCAACAUUACAUCACUUAAGUAGGAGACCAUCUUGUAUAACAAAAGUGGAUGUUAAAAACGUGUCCUAGUAUAACGUUAUUGUAUGUGUGGGUCCCUCUAGAUUAAAAAAGAAGUGUCAUACUCUAUUUUGAUGGAUGUAAAAAUCUCAAUAUAUAGAAUAUUAAUUGUCUUUAAUUGUUAAAGAGGUUAUGCUUCCUUUGAAGCGGAAGGUAUCCCUAAAUCAAUGUGACUCCAAAUGCUAAACAUUUUUGCAGCUUCAUUUAAGAGCCUGGGCUCCCUUUAAUACUUGACAUUUUCUGUGCAAUGUGACUUUGUGAGUUGCAUGGUUUAAUGCCUCUAUGUUUUGAUCUUUUUCAUCGUCUUGUUUAAUUGUCUAAAACCAAGUAUAUUGAUUUGACGUGGUUAUUUCAUGUGUAACACGCAUUGAUAUAGAUAUUUUUCUUAUAUGCACAGUAUCUGCAAUUUCAUUGGCAUUUUCAAUAAAGAAAAAAAUAGAAAACAGAAAUUGAUCAAUGAAGCAUUCAUUAAAAGCUGCAUGUAAAGGCUGUAUGUUGCAGGAAUCAAUUCAAUUCUUGAAGUUGACAACAGCAUUAAUAUUGUACCUCUUAUUAGGCUCAUAGUGACAUGGCACAAGUGGUAGUGACUUAGUAAGUAAAGAUAGUGACUUAGUAUGUAGUGAUAGCAACUUAGUAAGUAAAGAUAGCGACUUAGUAUGUAGUGAUAGCGACUUAGUAAGUAAAGAUAGCGACUUAGUAUGUAGUGAUAGUGACUUAGUAAGUAAAGAUAGCGACUUAGUAUGUAGUGAUAAUAGUUUAGCCUAUAGUAAUAUUCACUUAGCAUGUAGUGAUAGUGACUUAGCAUGUAGAAAUAUUAACCUAGCAUGUAGUGAUAGUGGCUUAGUAUGUAGUGAUAGCGACUUAGUAAGUAAAGAUAGCGACUUAGUAUGUAGUGAUAAUAGUUUAGCCUAUAGUAAUAUUCACUUAGCAUGUAGUGAUAGUGACUUAGCAUGUAGAAAUAUUAACCUAGCAUGUAGUCAUAGUGGCUUAGUAUGUAGUGAUAGUGACUUAGUAUGUAGUAAUGGUGACUUAGUAUAUAGCGAUACUAACUUAGUGUGUAGUUAUAGUGACUUAGUAUGUAGUGAUAGUGGCUUAGAAUGUAGUGAUAUUGGCUUAGCAUCUAGUGAUAAUGGCUUAGCCUAUAGUGAUAGUGCCUUAGCAUGUAGUAAUAGUGGCUUAGUAUGUAGCAAAAAAAAUACAUAAAUACAUUAGAUUUGUGACAUAAUAAAAUAAUACCUGCGAGUUGUAAAUAGAACAUGUUUGUUAUGUUGUUUUGGUUUUUUGCUCAUAUCGUUGUCUGGUAUCACGUAUAUUAUCAGCUAUCAACGUAUCAAAUAUUCGUGUAAAGUAAAUGGUAGAGUCACUGAUGACACACAAGCAUUAAUAAAGGCUUAGAUCAAUGCUAAUGGUAUUUCCGAGACUGGCCGGCCAUCAAUACACAUUACUAUCGCACUUUAUAUGUCUCUAAGGUCACAGUCCCAAACUGGUGGGAAUUAUCUUUGUUUAUACUCAGAAAAGUGUGAUGAAAAGAACAAAUUAUAUAUUUUUUAGCUGUUUACUGUUUCUUUCUGUUUCUAAUAGAAGAAGAGAUUGAAUUGAGAAUAAUUUCAGAAUAAAUGAAGGACCUAUUUUUCUGGAGUCUACCUCAAGAUCCAAGUGUAAACAUAAAUUAAAGGUUCAUAAAUAAAGACUAUUAAUUUAAUUCACCGUUUGGUAGGAGAUCUGUUUUAUCUAUAUGCACUGAGAAAACCGAUUUGAACAUUUAGUAUGUGAAAGACAUUUUUGUGAAAAGAAGGGGAAAAAUCUGUAGUUUAUCAGCGAUUGUGGACAUUUCCUAUUUUCGGUAGAAUUCACAUUCAAAUAUAAGCUGUUCCAUGAUGCACAGUCAUUGGCUACAGAAAUCCUCUGGCGGUGUUUCUGGGAAAUCUUCUGGACUACGCAUGUUGCAAAUGGACCCUGGGACGUCUCCUAGGUCCAGCUCACACAGCCCUCUACAAGUAACAUACACUGUAUUUUGAGUGUUUAUCCAAAACAAUGGAAUUACAACUUAGAUGUUCCCAACUCAAGACUCAAAAAAUGCACGGUAUAAAAUUUUACUUUUAAUGACAUCACAGCACACACAUAUCCAAGUGUGUCGAACGAUCAAGGACUAUGACAGCAACAAGAGUUGGUAAGGAAGUCAAGUACUAUCAAGGAGCCAAAUUUCUCACCCUGGGGGACUGCAAUGGAGUCAAGUAUUAUCAAGGCACGCAAUUUCCCACCACCUUCAAGUUACUGCUCAUCCGCUCUUGGUAUCAAGCUUGUGACAAUAUAAAAAGCUUCAACACAUACAUUCAGCGUAGGCGCUUCUUUUUGACAGGCGCCUAUAAGCAGCUGCCUUCCUUGUCCAUUGGUAAUCAAGUCCUGUGUGCCAUUAGUUCGCAUUGUUCUGAUUUCCAUAUUUUCGCCCUAUGGUGAGAGCUGUGUUUGACAUACUUCCAUCAGAACAAUGUAAAGAUGGAAUUAUGGUUGUUUGAGAGUGGUUGACCAUUAAUGACACAUCAUGAGAAGACGCAUCAAUACUGGACUAGCAUUGUGGAGGAAUUGAAGUUUACAGUUGCUAAAGUUUUAGAAUUUAAUCCAUAGUACAUGAACAUUAGUGAAUUUAUUCACGAAAUGUUAAAUGUGCAGUUUUACAAUAUUUAUUCACUACAGUGUGAAUUGUCUGAACAUCGAAGUGUAUUGAAAAUUUUACGCCAAAAUAGUAAGGCUAAAAACCAAAACGUUUUUCAAGUUUGGCUAUUUUGGACAAACAUUUGAAAUUCACAAGAAUUUACCCUUCAGUGAAUAACCCUAUAAAGAAAGCUAUUCGUUUUAGAAGUGGCUCAAGGAACACUAAAUUUAAUCUUUCUUUUUUCCAGCUUUGAUAUUUUGCUUGAAUUUUAGACCACAGUGGUGAAGUCUAUACAACUCAUAAUUUAGUGAGUUAACUCCCACAAUUAUUGUCAUUCCCUUGCACUGUACUAUUGGAAACUGGUCCGUACAGCCAUGGAAGACAGAUAACAUUGUAUCUUUAGCCAAGUGACAAGCUAUUCUUCAGAUCAAACUCGUUGGAUGGGAUUCCAAAUCACCUAACAAAGUAUAUUGUCUUAAGACUUGUUACAACACGCUACAUGGCCAUAAGACCGUAUCAAACAAAUACGCCAGGGGGCAUUUAAAGUUCUGUGUACAAUUACAUAAUAACAGGGUCUAUAACAUCAUGUGUGGUGUCCGUGUGAUGUACAUGAGGUGUGUAUGUUUACAUUCAAUAUUUAAAUUGUCAUAUUUUUGGAAGUAAAUAAACAAUUAAAUAUUUGUCUGUUUUAGUGAG